CGGGCACAAGAGACUCAGCCUCAGCUCUCUGACGUAUCCUCAGCUUCGCAUGUAACGGUGUGUGCCACCCCUCCACAAUGCUGCCUCGAGCGGCAAAGCGUUGUGGUGAUUUGCUGGACGGAGCUUGGUGGGUGUGAUGCGCGUAUAUCACGAUGCGCCAUGCAUUGCUGCUGCCAACUUUUCUGUGUUACCGUUAUUUGCUCGCACCUGCCACUCACGUCGCCAGCCAGCGCUUCUCUGUUCUUGAGUGAAGCAGCCCGGCGCUUCGAAUCCACGACACUCGACACUUGCGACCAACACUGACAAGCAGACGGCAUUGCAGCAUGGCUUCGCACGAUGAUCCCAAGCUGCUCUACGCAAUCAAGGGCAUCAAGGCCUACCACAUCCAGGAUGGACAAGAGCAGGAUCUCUGCCCAUCGGGCCCACAGACACUCUCGUUGCUCAUGGUGCCCACCGCUUCAGCCUUCGCAGACCCCACUACAGCAGGCGGCACUCCAGACCAGGACUUCUACCUGCACUUGAACCUGCCCCCGGAGCUUGACCUACCACUUCCCGCAACGACGCAAGUCUAUCACCAGCCGCCUACCAGCUAUCUGAUCCCAAGAUGGGAUAUGGGCCCAGGCGCCGGCGCCUUCACCCGCAUCGAGUUUCCCAAGAUUGGCAGCGGCGUCACCCAAGACGAUGUAGACACGUUCGAAACGAUCCUCGCCCAGUGUACUGCAUUCCUCGAGCGCGCGAAACCCCCGAACCCAGCACAGAAGAGCGAGAAGGGAGGCGUCUACAAUCCCCAAGACUACGCGCCAGGAGGACAAUUUGCCCACGAUGAUGUCUACGGCAAGAAACAUGGCGAGAUUGUGCUGAUCGACGAGGACAAUGGCAGCGUAGUGGGUGAAGUAGCAGGUGAUGCACAGAUCAUUGAAGAUUCGAAGCUCAAGCCAGGCUCGAAAGAUCCCGUCGAAGUGCAGAUCAGCGAGGAUGGCAAGAGGAUCGAGGUUCGGCCAGUGUCUGAGGACUACCUGCGCAUGGCCCGACACCCAGCCUACAAGGACAGCAGCAUCGUCCAGAAUGCCGCGACAGCGUCCCGUCUACUCGUGACUUCGUCAUCGUUCGUUGGCAAUUGGUUCACGAAAGGCGCAGAGAACUUUACCAGGAGCACGAAACCAGUGGCCAAGCCUGUCGAAUUCAAACCGGCAACCCAUCAGCGAGCACGAAAAGUGAACACGUUCACUACCAGCGUCGCUUCGACCUCGAGCAAGACAAUUGGACAGAUUGGCAACCAUAUCCAGAACUUCACUGCAAAGGCCAGCGGGCACAAGAAAGACCGAUCCCACAAGGGUUACGACGAGAAGGGCAAUCCUCUCGACAAGAAUGAUUACAAGCCAGGCAUUUUGAACAAGAGCAUGAUUGCAUUCACAACAGUGAUGGACGGCAUAGCAACAAGUGGCAUGACGCUAUUGAAUAGUAGUGGGGCAGCUGCAAGUACAAUGGUAGGACAUCGGUGGGGCGCGGAAGCUGGAUCGAUCGCUGGCGAGCUUGCAGGCGGUGUCAAGAAUGUUGGUCUCGUCUACAUCGAUGUGACCGGUGUGUCGCGAAAAGCAGUCAUCAAGUCCGUAGCGAAGGGCAUGGUGAUCGGCAAGGUGCGCGGUGGUGGCGAGGUGGUCGUUGGAGGUGGCGACGGCGGAGAUCUUACUGACGACGAGAAGAAGAGGAUGGAGGCCGAAUACAGGAAGCAGGCACAAGCGCAGCCAUCAUCCUCUAGCACGUAUGGCGCGGCACCCGAGGGUGGCUAUCUGCCUACUAGCGAAACGUACGACCCAGCAGGCUUUGGUAAUGCCGCACCUCCAAGAUAUCAGGAGUUUGGGCAGCCAGGAGGAGGGUCUGCUUCACACCAGUAUGAUCAGAAGCGAUAAGGAUUAGGGUGUUGAAGGCAUUGAGCACAGCGCAUGAGAUACCACCAGCAGAUCGGACUUUCUAGCAGCAUGAAAUAGCAUACAAUGUAUAUGAGUCAACUGAGAUUUGACCUCAUUCACGCCCUGCA